AUGGCAUCUAAGUUCGUCGCCCUUCUCUGCGCCUUCGCCGUAGCCCACGGCUCAGUGGUGCCUGCUGACAACGAAGCGUCCAGCUUCGAAUACGGCGUGGCUGACCCCAACACCGGUGACUACAAGAACCAAGUGGAGAGUCGCGUAAACGGCGUCGUCCGCGGCCAGUACUCCCUCAUCGAGCCCGACGGCACCAAGCGCAUCGUCGACUACACCGCUGACGAUGUCAACGGCUUCAACGCUGUUGUACGCAAAGAGCCAGCAGUCGGUGGCGUCGUUGGUACCACUGCUUCAGCCGUGGUCGCCCCCGCCGUUGUCGAAGCCCGCUCUUAUGCCGCUCCCUCCGUAGUAACGCCCGUGACGUACACCCGCUCCUACGCGGCUCCUUCCGUGGUCGCGCCCGUGACGUACGCCCGCUCCUACACUCCAUCUACCGUCGUCGCGUCGCCCGUGUACGCCACCUCUGCUCCUCUGGUCGCUGCCCGCUCAUACACCGCCCCCGCUGUAUACAGCAGAUCCUACUUGUCUCCCAGCGUGUACUCCCAGACUUACUCUCCCUACUACAACACCUACGGCACAUUCCCAGUCAAUUACAGCUACUAAAUUCUAUAAAAAGAGGCAAAUAAAAUGUAAAUAGUGUACAUUUCUUAUAACAAGUUGUAUAUAUUAUAUUCAAUUACUUACAGUUGAAUUUCACACAAAAUGUGUUUUGUUUUGAACUUACUUAUUUAGUAAAAUACC